UUGGGAAAACAACCAUAAAAUCGUGAAUCCAAUAAGAAGACCUCUCGUCUCUCUCUCUCUCUCUCUCUCUCUUCUCUCUGACUCCUCCAAUCUAGGGUUCCUUCAAUUUCUUCUUCUUGUAUUCUCCUCCGAUUCUCUCUGGACUUGCCGUUGUUUGUUUCCUCUCUCACAGAUCCCCGUUGAAUCCUGCGAUUUCGUUUGAAAUUUUGGUGGAUCUUGGCAUUGAUCGGUUCAUUCAUCUAUUGAAAAAGAUGACGAUCCCUAAUUCCGAUUUCAUGAUUGAGAACGGCGUCUCUGAUUUGCCGUUCACUCCCGAGGAAGAGAAACGUAUCGUAUCGGAGCUGACUACCGAAUCGGAGAAUCAUUUGAAGGAAGGCAACUUAUAUUUCGUCAUCUCUAAAAGGUGGAAUACAAGCUGGCAGAAAUAUGUUGACCAAUCGAGUGGAGAGUCCUUGGAAGCUUCGAGGCCUGGACCGAUUGAUAACAGUGAUAUUAUCGAAAGUGAGGGCGACACUAAUGAUCCACAGCUUCGUAGAUUGUUGGUUGAAGGAGAAGACUACGUUUUAGUUCCUCAAGAAGGCAUAACUUGGUCUUAUAUCUCUUUCAGGUAUAGCGGAGGUCCUUCAAUAGCAAGGAAGAUGAUCUGUCAAGGAUUUCACACUAGGAGUUAUAGUGUAGAGGUUUACCCGCUCUGCCUUAUGUUGACAGACGGACGAGAUGAAAGUAGAACAGCAAUACGGUUGGGAAAACAGGCCUCUGUUAGGGAACUUUAUGAGAAGGUUUGUGCUGUGACAGGUGUUGCGCAAGAAAAGGCACAAAUCUGGGAUUACUUCGAUAAGAGGAAAAACGGGCUCUUGUAUCCUUCAUCUAACAGGAGCCUGGAAGAGUCAAGGCUUCAGAUGGACCAAGAUAUUCUUCUUGAAGUUGAUGGGUCGUCUUCAUCUCAAUCUGCUAUGAGCUCGGCAGGAAAUGAGUUAGCUCUGGUACCUCUGGAACCUUCAAGGUCGCGUGUUACAAUUGCUGGGGGGCCUACCCUACCGAAUGGUCAUUCCACCACGUCCAAGUUAAGUCUCUUUCCGAGAAUAACUUCAGAUGACGAUGGAGAUUCGUUGAGCAUUCUUGGAAAAGGAGAGAAGGGAGGAUUAGCAGGAUUGAGUAAUUUGGGAAAUACCUGCUUUAUGAAUAGCGCUCUUCAGUGUUUGGCUCACACACCUCCAAUUGUUGAAUACCUCUUGCAAGAUUAUAGUGACGACAUAAAUAGAGAUAAUCCGUUGGGAAUGUGUGGUGAGCUUGCUAUCGCAUUUGGUGAUUUGCUGAAGAAAUUAUGGUCAUCAGGAAGGAACGCAGUUGCACCACGCACUUUUAAGACAAAAUUGGCUAGAUUUGCUCCACAGUUUAGUGGUUACAAUCAGCAUGAUUCUCAAGAACUGCUUGCUUUCUUAUUGGAUGGGCUGCAUGAAGAUUUAAAUAAAGUAAAACGAAAACCUUACGUCGAACUUAAAGAUUCUGACAGUCGUCCGGAUGAUGAAGUUGCUGAAGAGCUUUGGAAUUAUCAUAAGGCCAGAAAUGAUUCUGUAAUAGUUAACGUUUGUCAAGGCCAAUACAAGUCAACUCUGGUUUGUCCAGUUUGCGGGAAAAUCUCAAUCACUUUUGAUCCCUUCAUGUACUUGUCUUUACCUUUGCCAUCAACACUUACGCGAGUAAUGACAGUCACGGUGUUUUAUUGCGACGGAAGUUGUCUUCCGAUGCCAUACACUGUAACGGUGCCAAAACAAGGGUCUUGUAGAGAUCUCGUUACUGCAUUAGGUACUGCUUGCUGCUUAGCCGAUGAUGAGAGCCUUUUACUUGCAGAGGUCUAUGAUCACAAGAUCUUUAGAUAUUUUGAGAACCCCCUGGAGUCACUGAGUGUGAUAAAAGAUGAUGAGCAUAUUGUGGCGUAUCGGUUGAAUCAAAUGCCGAAAGGAUCAGGAAAGGCAAAACUCGAAAUUCUUCAUGGAGGGCAGGACAGGGCUGUUCUGGAGAGAGUUAAAGGCAGAGACGCAAAGCUUUUUGGAACUCCUUUUGUGACUUAUGUCAACAAAGAACCACUAAGUGGAACUGACAUUGAUGCAGUUAUCUCUGGAUUUCUGUCACCUCUGCAAAAGGUCCAAGCCCCAUCUAAUAUUCAUAAAGGAAAUGACAAUGGUCACCUUGCUGAUGCUACUGCUGAUGAAACAUCCGGAAGUUUAUCAUCCCCAGAUAGUGAGAUAUCCCCAGAUACCGAGAUAGACGAAGCAUCUGAUCGAGAGUUAUCCUUCAGGAUAUUCUUGACAGAUGAACGUGGUUUGAACUUUAAACCACUUCAGUCUGAAUCUUCUGUGAGCCCUGGUAUCAUUACAAGAGUUUUAGUCGAGUGGAAUGAGGGUGAGCAUGAAAAGUAUGAUUCCAACUACUUGAGUGACCUUCCGGAGGUUCAUAAAACAAGUUUCUCGGCAAAGAAGAAAAAGCAAGAAGCCAUAUCUCUGUUUUCGUGUUUGGAGGCCUUUUUAGCAGAAGAACCUUUGGGACCGGAUGACAUGUGGUUUUGUCCGAGCUGCAAAGAACACAGACAAGCGAACAAAAAGCUAGACCUGUGGAAAUUGCCUGAUAUUCUUGUGUUCCAUUUAAAACGAUUCACGUAUAGCAGAUAUCUCAAGAACAAGCUGGAUACGCUUGUGAAUUUCCCAAUUCAUGAUCUAGAUUUGAGAGAGUAUGUGAAAAACAAGAAUGGUGAGUCAUAUGUAUACGAGUUGUAUGCCGUUAGUAAUCAUUACGGUGGACUUGGUGGUGGUCACUACACAGCCUACGCUAAGUUGAUCGACGACAACAAAUGGUAUCAUUUCGACGACAGUCAUGUUUCAUCUGCAAAUGAAUCUGAAAUAAAAACCUCAGCUGCAUAUGUUCUUUUCUACCGAAGAGUGAGAAGUGACACUGAGAAACAAACAGCUGGGAUGUCAAGUGAUAUGGAUUAGUCAUGCGUAUAUUCUUAUAAUGGACAAAGCACGACGUUGGUACAUUUUUUUUCAAAGUUGCAUUGGACUCCCUCACUCAGGUGAUGAAACCUCUAUUCUUUCUUGAUUUGAAGUUGGCGGUUCGGUUGGAGUGUUCUGCUUCAGGUUUUAUGAUGUCAUUAUGGCAGAUCUCUGUGGAAAGGUGGGAUUUAGGUUCUUCGGAAGAUUGUUUGAUUAGUGAGUUUUUUUUAGUUGAAGCGGUAAUUUUUGGGUAGUAAAAGUAAUGAACAGCUUUCGAAGUGUAGAGAUUUAUGAAGUACCCUUUGUUGUUAUGUUCAACAUGGAAUAUAUUUUUUGUGAAAUCUUGUGAGCUUAUUCACUA